CGACGACGGAUUAGCUCUGUUAAGAGUGAUUUAAACACCGCUGAAUCAGAAGAUCUCCAUUAUCCCCAGACUCACAAUUACCCGGCGCGACAGGCGGUCAUGGCGAUGGAGCACUGGUCCGUGGGCGCCAUGCGGGCUUCCUUGGCGAUAACUCUACCCCUGAUAUGCAGUUCAUUUCCUGCUGGCAGUUGAUGAAGAAUACCAGAGAUACAGGUAAAGUGAGCCUAUUUGCUUAUUGCUGGAUACUACUGUUACUAGUACUCGAUAAUACAUCACAACCUCAGGCAACAAAAAAGACAGACAGAAACGACAGACGCUCGAGCCACGUGGAAACGCAAGGUUCAAGUCAGCAGCCAAUCGCAGAUUUUCAUCCAGCCCCACAUGGUUCUGUGAACCCCAAGAUUUUUGGUCUGGAGACGGAGUGAACUAGCGCUCGUGUCGAUUUCCAGAUCUGUCUUGCAUGGCAUGUCCUGUAUCCAUCUUCCCUAUCAUCUCAUUCAUACCAUUAUGAG